GGUGAUGAUGUGAAGGAUGGCAUUGUUUUCACCAAACUUGAGUCUUUGCAACUUAAAGUUCUUCCAAAACUAGAAAGCUUCUGCUCAGGAAAUUGCAACUUUGAAUUUCCAUCUUUGGCAGAUGUAACCGUGAUGGAGUGUCCAAAUAUGCUGACUUUCUCUGAGGGAGAAGUAAGUACACCAAAAUUGCAGAAAGUGAAAUUGACGGAAAAUUCAACAGAUGAAGGAAUUUGGCAGGAAGGUGGCCUUAACCCCACAAUACAACAGUUGUUCACAAAAAAGAAUGGUGAUGACGCUGAAGAAGACUGGUCUGAUGCUUUGCAUAAGCUGUUCGAUUAGGAUGAUGUUUCAGAAGGUUGUAUGGUGCACUCCUAAUUAAGCUGGGAUUUCAACGGUGUCAAGCUGAAUUUUUCUUGGCGCCUAAAAUGUUAUUUCAAUUCCUCAUAGGUUGUAUGGUGCAUUCACUUGUGACUUCGCCUUAUCAAAAAGACUUCAAUAUUUCUGGUUUGUAUUGUGUGGGAGAUAUUUUAAACUCG